UUAUUAUAAGUCCUAAAAUGAAUAUUACGGCUUUUUCUCUCCCUUUCUUCUCGACCUUUCUCUCGCCUUCUCUUUUUCCCUUCGCUUUCGAAACAAUAUUUAGACAGGGUUAGGUUUAGGGUUACAUGCCUUACAUUUCUAUCAACCCAAGUUGCAAUUCCCUCCUCCUUCGGUCCUUUUAUCAUGAGCUAGGGAUUUCUAAUGCCUCCAACUAAGGAGAUAGACAAAUAUAUCGUAUCCUGGAUUUUAGAGCUGCUAUUAAGACAACGACAAGUGCCAGACGCUUUGAUUAACAAAAUGCUCGCAAGUAGUCAUGCGCCUUGGGACAACGACAAUGAAUGCUUGAAAAAGACCGUUCUUUUAAGGUCGAUUGAUUCCGAAAUCAGAAAUGGCUCUAUCUCUGAAACAAUUCUUCAAUCGCUGGAAAUUAUCGAAGAACUGGACCGGAACAAGAAAGUCAAAAUCUUGGAUUCAAUGAAACACGCCUAUUGUGCGGUUGCCCUAGACUGCACCGUCAAAUACAUGUGGGGAAAUCUCCAUGCUCAUUGCCAAGCAAAGUAUGUGGCGGCUGUCAAUAGGAUUUGGAGGGGUAGGAUACACAAACUGGAGAUGCUUAAGAUGAGUGAAUUGGUUACUGAUGAGUUGAAGAGGUGCCAAGGAGAAAUUGAAGCGGCACUCUCCGACUCUAAUGUGGUAGAGAGGUUGCAGGAACGGAAUACACAAAAAGAUGCUCUGAUUCUGACCGGGAUUUAUAUAAAUGAGGCAACGGCCAUCAUGGGGCCUUCAUUCCUUGAAUCAGUUGCAAGGAUAGAGAAGGAGAAUAUAAGGGAGAAGAAAGGAAAGGAAGUCGGGUCGGAGAAGGCGGCCAAAGACAAGGCAGGUGAGAAGUCAAUAGCUGAAAAGGAAGAUCUUAGAUAUGAUUGCAGCAUAAAGGGAGCUAAUCACCAUUCUAAUCCUGACUCAGGCGAUGUUGAUGGACAAAGAAUUUCAGAAUUGGACAAAAGCAUGGUUGUUAUGCUCAAGCCUGUUUUUGUUUCUCCAUUAUCAUACUAUAUUUUGAGGCGCUCAAAGGUUCCAGCUCGGAUUAGCAACUCGAAUGAACUGGACGUGGACAUAGGUUCUAUCAGUGACAUAAUUCUACCUACUCCUGAAUUGAAUCAAACAAAGGCUAAUAGUGUAAUUGUUGAACUGUCAAGAAAGGACAUGAACCAGGAGACAUUGAUAGAAAAACAAAAUGAGGAUGCUGAUGUUGCUAAUCCAUCUACACUCGGGCCUGAAAAGGAUAUCACAGAACACAGCUUAACGGAGCGCAAUGGUUCUGCUCCUGCAUGUGAGCAGAAGGAUUCAGUUGACUCGGUGGAAGUAAGAACCAACCAUCCGAUUUGCUUGGAUAGCCCAAAAGGUAAAAAUGUGUCUGCAUUAGGAAAAUCUGAAGCCCAAAAAUUUGCCAUAAGAAGAAAAAUGAGGAGAUGGGCUGUGGAGGAGGAAGAUGCCUUGCGAGAAGGCGUAGAGAAGUUUGGCAUCGGGAAAUGGAAGGAGAUCUUGCAUUUCAAACAUGAUAUAUUUGUGAAAAGGACAGAGGUUGAUUUGAAAGAUAAAUGGAGAAAUAUGACAAAAUGGAGCUAAUUGAUUUCCAGAGACUGCAAAUGCAAAUACUACAUCUUUUGACCGAUUUUUUGUAUGUAAAUAUAGCUGUGCAUGCCUAAUUACCUGUGAAUGAAAUGCACGCUGUACAUGGUGAAUAGAAGCGUGUGGUUGCUUUUUGACUACUUAGACUAGUGUAGCCAGGAAUUAUGAUCCUCUCUGAAAGGCUGUAAUAGAUAUGGCGAGAGACCGAAGAAAUUGGUGAUCUUGUCGGUAUACAUUUUUUGGAGGUGUUUAUAUGAUCACGCUAGCUUUGGUUAUUUUUUGUUAAUCACCUUGUGUGAUUAUUGGUUAUGUAAAACCUAUCUAAUUAUGAUUGCAAGUUUAUUAUUUAGUCAUUUUGUUCUCAAUGAGAGUAAUCUGGUUUAGUUAUU